AUGGAUACGGUAUCUGACGAAUCUCCGUGGUAUGAUCGGACAAACAUCGGGGAAACCGACGACGAAGAAAACGAAAGUCAGGAAAGUUGCGAUGAUAUCGAAUAUUUAGAAGCCAAAACUGUUAAAAAUUUUGAAAAUAUUUCGGCAGGACAUGAGAUUCUUGCACAGCCUGGGAGGCAAUACCCGCUGGAUUUAUGGUGUAUUCUUGCAAAUUAUAUCACACCAGAGCAAGUACAAGUUUUUUCUUGCAUAUGCCGUGGAUCUUACUUUGCUCUAAGCUCCUUCAGUUUCUGGUUACGCCUUUACAAGCGAUUUAUCUCAGACAGCGAGUGUUUACCUGCUCGAUUGAAAUCGGACUGGAUUGAAAGCAGAAAUGGCUUUAAAAGCCGAGUUGUACGAGCCUUGUUUAUCGGGUACAAAAGUCUUCAUGAUCGUUUAGGGAAAAAAACACUGGAAACAACACGUGAUACCCAUGCAACGUCACAGCUUAUCGGGUUACGCUGUAGUCAUGCGUGGUACAAGUUGACGACAUCACCUAAAAACACUGACAUGUUUCUAUUUUAUUUCAAAUUUAAAUGCAAUGAUGUUUACAAGUCAAAAUUCUUAAGCACAGACGACGAAAGAGUUCAAUAUCUGACUGCCAAUAACGAACGUGAUUUUAUAGUCCUUCAAAUAACCGUAUCAAACUUUAUUCUUUUGAAGCCAGUUUUAGGAGAGAACCUGACAGAUAUCUCGGUAAAUUUGAGUCGAAACUUGAGGUUUCAUUGUAUAAAAAUGACAUUUCAUGAUUUCCGGCAUGAUGGCAGGUAUAGAAAAGGUGACGGAAAAGUGAUUGUUCUUGAUCCUGUUUCAGAAUUUCGCUUACUGCGUUGGUGGUAUCCACUGUACCCUCAUUGUGAUGAUUGA